AGAGAGAGGAACAGGGCUGUUAUGGAGUGGCACUUCACAGACGUCUCAUUACUGUUUGGUAAAGGAUGGGUUCCUAACAUUCAGCGCUUCUCUACCUCACCCUCUGUGUGUGUGUGUGUGUGUGUGUUUUGUUUUUUUUUUUAGCAUAGUGUGACCUCUCUCCUGGUCAUAGCAGUGUGUGUGUGCGCACUUGGUGGUGUUAUUUUCCUAGAUGGCACCUUGAGCUGGAGAAGCUGGAAUAUACACUUGGCUUCAUUCAAAGUGACCAUCAGAAGACGAGCCCUGAUCCAGCUCUGUGCUCGGUACUUCUCACGACUUUGAGGAACCGGAGGCAGGAAAGAAAGAAGGAAGGAUGUGAGGGCCUGAAGGCCCAUAAGUGUGGUCUUCUCUCCUGAAGCACGGCUAGGGAAUGGGCCCAGCCUCUCCUCACCAGCCUCAGAGAGACAUGGAGGGCUAUUACAGCCUUCUGCAGGCUGGCACAGAACUGGAGAACACACUGCAGCAGGUGUCAAUUCCUGUGAGUAUGAACGAGGUGGCUGGCUAUAUUGAGAAGCAAGUGGCUUAUUUAUCAGGGGGCCGUGGCGAAGAUUCUAGUGUCAUCAUUACUCUGCCAGAAUGCUCAGAUUUCAGUGAUAUCCCGGAGGAAGCGCUGGCUAAAGUCCUCACGUAUCUCACAUUGAUUCCACGAGCACGACAACCCGGAGUAAAGUUUAUCAUUAUUUUGGACCGAAGAUUGGAUACCUGGAAUUCCAUCAAAACAGCACUUGCAAGGAUUGCGGAAUCUUUUCCAGGAAACCUUCACUUGGUACUAGUUCUGAGACCAACCAGUUUCUUCCAGCGCACAUUCACAGACCUUGUCUUCCGCUUCAGCCAAGAGGAUUUUAUGCUCAAGUUACCCGUUGUAAUGCUGAGCUCGGUUACUGACUUACUGCGCUACAUUGAUGAGAAUCAACUAACUUCGGAUUUUGGAGGCACUCUGGACUACUGCCAUAGCGACUGGAUCUUCCUCAGAACUGCUAUAGAGAGUUUCGCAGUGACUGUGAAGGACAUUGCUCAGAUGCUACAGGCCUUUGGCACGGAGUUGGCCGAGAUGGAAUUAUCACAGGAGAGCAACGCCAUCGAGUUGCUGCUGCUGUCACACACUGAGAAGUACAGGAGACUGAAGGAUGCGAUUAGCUCAGUGAUGAGGGAGGGACGCUACCUGCUCUCCAGCCUGGAAGCUUCUGGGAAGGAGGAGAAUAAAGAUGCGCACUGGGAUAUAACACAGGACUGGGACACAGUGCAAAGACUGCUGGCCCAGCUGAGAGAUAUGGAGAUGGCAUUUGAUGAUUUCUUUGACAAGCACCACAUCAAACUUCAGCAGUACCUGCAGUUGCUGAGAUACGAGAACAGCUUUCAAGAGAUGGAGAAAUCUUUGGAGAAGUUGAGUGCUCAGGAGAGGAAGCUCAUUGUUACAGGAGAAACACUGGCACAGACAGAGCAGAUCAUCAAAGAGCUGGAUAUUCUGGAGAAACGAGCCCAGGAGGAAAUGACUCGGGCCCAGGUGAUGAUUUUGCACGGACACCAGUUGGCUGCAGGUCAUCAUUAUGCCACGCCUCUGAUCGUACAGCGCUGUAAUGAGCUCAGACACCACUGUGACACACUAAACUCUGCCAUCAGUGCAAAAUGCAAAACACUCAUACAAGUGCAAACUUUAUUGCAACACAUAGAGGAGGCCCAGAAGUGGUGUGAUGAUGGCACUUACCUCUUGGCCAAUCAGCAGUUAGAAAAAGUUCAUUCUAAAGAAGGUGCUCAGGCAGCUCUGAGUGAUAUAGAGAAGUUCCAGGAGGGGGCGCCAGUGCUCCUUAAUGCAGGACCAGACCUGCUCUUUAUGGAAUAUGAGGGAGUUCUCACUCCUCAGCUACAGACUCAUAUAGAGAAGACUUUUGAGAAGUAUGCAUCUGUACAGAACCUAUUCCAGACGAGACAGACCUGCCUGAAGAAACUUGCAGACAAACGUGUGCGGCCGAUCCAGCUAGUAGCACCUCGACCAGAGAAUCCACCACAUCCAAAGUCCCCAGGCUUUUCCCCAAAAUAUGAUCUCAAUUCAAGUAUUAAAUUCAACUUUGACUUCUCAGGCAAAAGAGCAACACGGAAAAGCCCAAACUCCAGGAAGAUUGAGGUGUUGCACGACUAUCAGAACCGCAAUACACUGUCCUACAUUGUGGAUGGUGAGGAUGGAGCAGACCUGCUGAAACAUCGUGUAAUGAGGGAGCUGAUUGAGACGGAAAGAAUAUAUGUAGAAGAGCUUCUGACCGUGCUGCUGGGCUACAGGGCAGAGAUGGACAACCCCUCCCUCUCUUCUCUCCUGCCCACCAGCCUGCGCAACAAGAGAGAUAUUCUGUUUGGAAACCUGCCUGAUAUCUACAAUUUUCACAGCAGAGUAUUCUUGCAAGACCUGGAGAGCUGUUUGGACACGCCUGAAGCUGUGGGAGCAUGUUUCCUAGAACGGAAAGAGACCUUCCAGGUGUAUGAAUGUUACUGUCAGAAUAAGCCGCGAUCGGAGGCCUUAUGGAAGCAGUUUUCUGACUGUGCCUUUUUCCGGGAGUGCCAAAAAAAGCUAGAACACAAACUGGCUCUGGAUUCAUAUCUGCUGAAACCAGUUCAGCGUCUUACCAAAUACCAACUCCUAUUGAAGGAGUUGCUGAAGUACAGCUCAGGUUGUGAAAGGGUCUCUGAGCUGCAGGGUGCACUGACUGCCAUGCUGGACUUGCUCAAAUCAGUUAAUGAUUCUAUGCACCAGAUCGCCAUCACAGGAUAUGAGGGUGAGCUGGGUGAUUUGGGCCGAGUCCUGAUGCAGGGCUCCUUCAGUGUGUGGAUCAGUCAUAAAAGGGGCGCAACACGGAUGAAGGAGCUUGCACGCUUCAAACCCAUGCAGAGGCACCUGUUCCUGUAUGAGCGUGCACUCCUCUUCUGCAAGCGCAGGGAGGAUCAUGGUGAGCACGCUAAUAAGACGCCUUCCUACAGCUUCAAACACUGUCUGAAGAUGAGUGCAGUGGGCAUCACAGAGAAUGUGAAAGGAGAUGUGAAGAAGUUUGAGAUCUGGUACAGUGGUAGGGAGGAGGUCUAUGUGGUGCAGGCGCCGACAGUGGAGGUGAAACUUGCCUGGUUGAAUGCGAUCAGAAAAAUUCUCACCAACCAGCAGAAACUAUUCAAAGGUGAACUUUGUCACUCCAACCCAUUGGCUGAGCAAUUUCCUCUGUCUCCGCCCCUCUCUGAGAGCAAGAAGCAAAGAGCGUCAGUCAGCUCGGAGGAGAUGGAGUCGGGCCACAGCAGUCCAGACCCGUUUAGCCGUUCUCCACAGCACCAGGACAACAGACACAGUUGGCCAGGUGCCACACACUCGGUUGAUCUCUGUGAGGAUCUGGAGGACUGGAGUGGAGCUAAUCUCUCCAACAUGUCUGAUACUGAAGAGGAGGACACUAUUCGUUUGGUUAGUGUGUUAGAUCUCGCACUCUCCCCAGGUAGAUACAAGGCUGAAGCAGGCGCUCACAGAUAUGGUCCAGAUGACCUCGUCAUUAAAUGUGGUGAUGUCAUACAGCUGCAACAGGAAGAGAAUGAUGGCCACUGGUUGGUGAAGAACUUGAGCAAGAAACAGAAGGACAGGCUCUUUGCUCCAGGUCUGCCUGGUAUUCCGGGAAGUGGCAACAGAGGGCGCUCCAGUCAGCUGCAAGAACCAGGAAAAGUGAAAACAUGGAAACUCAGCUCUCUCUAGACUCCAUGCUGCCUGUCUUUUGGCAUGUUCAGUCUCAUGGUGAUGUGAGCUUUAUCCACGACACUUCAGCACAAUGGCUUUGCUCUGUUCCUCACAGGGGUGGGCCCUCUCGCCAGAGGUUUUUAUCAUGAGAUUUUUUUUUUUUUACAUACUGGAACUUAUGCAUCCAGCAAGAAUAAAAAUAGUCAAAAUGCCUUUGAUAUAAGUUAUUGGACAUGUUACUGGAGUCUUUUGGAAUAGUGGACUGACGAGAGAAUUAGGGCAUUGUGCUUCUUUAAAGGUCUAUAAAAAUCAUCCCAAAUCAGUUGCCCCAUGAUAGAGGAUGCACUUUUUUCCCCCUCUAUCAAGUCUUCCGUUUGGUUGUCUUCUGGAUUUAAGAGAGACCCACAGCCACUCUUUUACUGCAUGGUCACUGGACUUGAUGCUUGAUGGAUUUGCUCUGUCAAAUGGACACUGCAGCCAUGUGUGGCACCAUUUAAAAUGAUCUAAUACGUACCCAUCACUAAUUCUGCAUUCUUUUAAAUGGUUUUGAGUUCCAAGAUCCAACUUCCAAGGAAUGACACAUGCCAGCAUUUCAGCAAGCGUCCCAAGCUCCAGGCCUUUUUCAUAUUCUUCCUCCUUCACUUAUUAGAGGUUAAAUGUUUGAGGUGUACACACACACACACACACACACACACACACACUGGUAGCCAAAGAGAACCAAAAUUGUGGCUGAUCCUGAUUUAAAAUAUAAAUCUUGACAAAUAAUUGUGUCUGUAUACACUGGCUAUACCCAAACAUGGACUUGAGGUGCUGAUUCCUGAUUCUUGCACAUUUGGGCUACACAAUUAAUAAUAAAGUUCUUUGAGCGCUUUAAGGACAAUGUCAUUCCGCAACGUAGCAAUUCAUUAGCAAUCUGCAUCGCUUCCCUGGCCCCAGAUCACCUUAAAAGCACUUGAAACAAACUAAAGGUCAUUGAACCUGAAUAGUGAGGCUGAAAAAGUCUUACUGAAUAAGCAUUUGGGAGACAGUUGGUGUAUUAUUAACACACCACCUAUGCAUGAAGAUCUUUAAUUAAGUCAUGAGGUCCUGAGAUUGACAUACAAGUUGAAUUGAAACACGCACACUUCUUUUUUUUUUAUUUUUUAUUUUUUUUAUUUAAUAGAUCUCGGCUUCUUAUUAGAGAACAUUCUACCGCAGACAUGAAAUGUGCCUACUGGGUUCAGCGCAUAAUUAAAUAUUAAUUGUGGACUUAUAUGGAUUUACCACAUCAAAUCAAGCCCCCAGUUGGAGGGCUGUCUUUGAUAUGCCGGCGUUUGAAGUGGAAAUGAGUUUGGUGAAGCAGCAGGACCAACUCCAAAGUGCACAUUUCUUUACGGUGCUAAUUUAUUUAUUUUGCUAGUACAUCCUUACUUUACAGCUCAGUGCUAUGCCAGCCCAGAAACAUCUGUAACAUCUUUGUGACCUGGACAUUGCAUACUGUUAUUUCAAGUUUCAAGUUUAUUUCUAUAGCACUUUUAACAAUAAACAUUGCCGCAAAGCAGCUUUACAGAAAUUGAACGACUUAAAACAUGAGCUAAUUUUAUCCCUAAUCUAUCCCCAAUGAGCAAGCCAGUUUAAUGUGCCUGAACAGCUUUCAAUUAUGUAAAUAAAUCGUUCAUUCAUUUUGUGUUUGCACUACAUUGUAAAUGUAACCAUUUUAGCACUUAUGGAUGAUUUUUAUAUGGACAAUUGUA